AUGGCGGCACAGGCGGCGGCAAGCGGCAGCACCAGCAGCCCAACCUCUCUACACUCGCAGCAGGGUGGCGCGCCGCGGACCACCUCCGCCGCGUCCAGCGCGGACUUUGACCCCGCAGCCAUACAGGAGCUGCGCGACAGCAAGCAGGAGCUCAUCAUCAGAGUGCAAUCAAUGAAGAAGGACCUAGCGGACUGGCGCAGCCGCAUGAACCAGCAGGUGGAGAGCUACCGUGCAGAGCUGAGCGGGCUGCAGACCAGCUUGAGCGCCGAGAUGAGCAGGCUGCGGGGCGAGCUGGCAGACAUGAAGGCUCGCAUCAGGCAGCAGAUGGACAGCAACACGGCAGUGCUCGGAGACCUGCGACAGCAAGGCGCCGGGGACGCGGCCACCGAGGCGGCGCUAUCUGCGGGCGGUUCGACGGAGCCAGCGGCGCCGGCACGCGCGAAAGCGUGA